GAGGCGGCAAAAUUUAGGCGGCACAACAUUGUAGACCAGACAACUGAUUGUUGGCAUUGUUGAUUUGUCUGCAGUUGUCGGCAGAUGUGGGCCAAUGAAAUGUAUUUCUUAAAGGAAAUGUGGUUUCUGCUAGCCCUUGUUGGACGUUCUGCAGGUGUGAAUGAUCGGCUCAAAUUGAAUAUGCUGGGUUUCACUCCAACUCCUGCUGUUAGUGAUACUGAGAGAACUAAUAUUCGUUGUUAUACACUGGGAAACGACCGAACAAUGAACAUCACACUCAAGAUUAAACUCUCGGUCAAUGAGAAUCAUACAUCGAGAGAACCAUUCUGUGAUAACGAGGGUGUUACAUGUGAUUUCAAAAAUACAUCGAAUUCCAAAUACCUUGUAGCUAAGAUUAAGAGUCCUAGUAUCUACAUUGGUGAAGCCCGAGUCGGAGUAUUUACUGCGUACGCACAGAAAGAUAAUCGAAGUGCCAAUGCUACAAUCAUAGUUCACCAUGAAAAUGCGUCUGUAAUACCGAUUGUUCGUACUAAGACCGUUAGUAUAUGGGAUAGUCACGUUACACUUGUCGUCGAUCAACGUAACGCAAGUAUUGAAAACUUACGAUGGGCGAAGAACGGAAAUUAUAACACAAAAUGGAACGGCUUGAAGGUGAUUUCGUUCGAAAAUAUUACAUUGGAUGAUGCUGGGGUUUAUGAAUGUUAUUUAAAUGACAACCGGGACGAAGGAAAACACGCUUUCAUGCAUCUGAUAGUAAGAGAAUGUCCACAUAACAAGUGGUCUCCACCUAACUGUACCAUGGAUUGUGAAGUAUGCUACAACGGAGGAGUAUGUGAUACAGUCAUCGGAACCUGUAUAUGUCCUUCGGGAUUUACCGGAGCUAGUUGCGAAAAUUCUUCUGGUGGUAAUCGUUUUGGGCGUGAUAGUCUAACUCCGUGUAAAACUGGUAACGAUGACGGAUGCAAAGGGAAGCUGUUUUGUCCGCCUAUGCCACAAGGUUGUGCCUGUCACGCUGGCUGGAAAGGACUUAGCUGUGAAACGGAAUGCAAAGCUGGCAAGUAUGGCGCUGACUGUCUGCAAGAUUGUCAUUGUGAUGCUAGUGAGUGUAAUCGUACAACAGGCUGCAAUGUGACUGCAACGUGUAACCCUGGCUACACAGGCAUAAGAUGUUUAGAAUGUGAAGCUGGCAAAUAUGGAAUUGACUGUCUACAAGAUUGUCAUUGUAAAGCUACUGAGUGUCAUCCUUCCAGAGGCUGUAAUGUGACUGCAACAUGCCACCCUGGCUACACAGGCGAAAGAUGUUUAGAUAAAGAUACCAGCGAGUAUUCGAAUGAUACGACCUCUGGUGUGAGAACAACUAAUGGUAACGUACUUAGUGUCAAAUUAACAUGGACCUGUAAUAAUAAUUACAGCUCCAUGAUAGUUUGUUAAAGUGUAUCAGUCAAUCGCGAACUCUGCCGGUGAAUAUGAUGAAGAAUGGUAUAGGUUAGUUUUAUUUAAGAUACAUAUACACCAUGGAGGAUAUAUAUAUUAUGAUAUAUUUCCUCCAUGGUAUCGACUAACCAAUUUUUUUACAGCAUUACUGAGAUUAAUUGAAUUUUUUAACGGGCAUGGUAGUUUUCGGAGAUUUUUCAGAUUGUAAUCGACCAGGUUAAUGCAGCAGAUGCAACAUAAAUCAAUGGACCAGAAUUGUUUUGAAAAGGCAAUUGCAAGUCUUGCAACACACAUAUUUGGAUCUAUGGUUUCCGACGCAGUCUUCCAAGAAUGGACUCUCAACAUGGCAAAUUGUUUCUGGACAACAUGACGGAUUCAUUCCAUCUGGAUAACGAAUAGAUCAACUGAAAAAAAUACACGACGAGAAUAAUCACGUUUAAAAAAGUAUCAUACCCAGUACAGAAACGGAUUGAAACUACAAAUAAUGGCGUCUUUUAUCCUUCGCUAAUGAUUAUUCAGGAGUUUAAACUUUUGAACAAUUGAAGAGAGGCAUCAGCAUCGACCUCGAUUUACUGAUAUGAUUAUGGAGAUAAUACUUACAUGUAUUACAUGACAUUUAUAUGAUACGAUUAGGCAUAUGGUUUGUUCGUUAUUUCAAAACCAUAUAGAAUGAGACUGUUGCAGUGUAUCCUGUUGCCAAUAUCAACGACAUUCGUAUUGUAUCAUGCCAUGUCUUACACAAUUUCAUAAAUUGGUGGUGUUUUUGUAAACUUUUUGUCAUUUUUUAUAGAAUGAUAAAUAGUAUUAUCUUUUAUUACCAAUUAAUUUUAUUUAUUCAUAAAUUUCUCUGUAAAGCAGUAGACCUACCAACAACUAACGUUACUACGCACUUGCCAUUUUUAUUCUGUAACGGCAAGACGUCUCCGUAAAAUACUUAUAAAAAAAAACAUAGCUUAAAAGGCAUGGCAGUCUAUCAAGUCAAAAUAAAGUAUUUAAGAAUAUUGUACUAUAAUCGAUUAAUGAAUAUGAAUGACAACAGAUGUCCUAAUAAUAUUGUUACUUGAAACGACCUUUCAAAAACGUAAGAACGAUCUUUGCAUUAAUGGAUAAUUAUUAUGGGAUAUAAAGGCUUCAAUUAUCCUGAGCAGCAUUAAUUUUAUUUUCUUGAUGAUUUGACUGUUUACAGUAUAUUGAUAUCAUAUUCAUAUUUUUCUACUAUUUGCAAGUUACAAUUACAAACUGACAGCGAUGACUUUUUUAUCAUUGCUAUUAUUAUUAUUAUCAUUAUUAAUAAUAUUAUUAUUAUUAUUAUUAUUAAUAUUAUUAUUAUAUUAUUAUUAUUACUAUUAUUAUUAUUAUUAUUCAUUAUUUUAUAAACAAUUUUUGAUUUUCAUUUCUCUGUUUUAUCUUUUAUUCUUUAGUCUUAAAUGUAUCUACAGAGGGUCCAAAUUGAUUAGCUCUAGCUGGAUCAACCACCUUAAAAAUAUUGUUGAAAUAAAGAAAUUAUUAUUAUUAUUAUUAUUAUUAUUAUUAUUAUUAUUAUUAUUAUUAUUAUUAUUAUUAUUAUUAUUAUUAUUAUUAUUAUUGGAUGUUUUAUAAUCAGUUAUCAAAAAAUCCAAUAUUUGUUUUAUUAUUAUUUAUCCUGUGGUGUGUAUUAACCAAACAAUCAUCAGAACUACUAAUCAAUCAUUUUUUAAUAAUCGAUCGAUCAAUCAACCAACCAAUCAAAUUUCCAAUCAAUAUUUAAAUAAAUACAUCAAUAAAUAAACCUGCCAAUAAAUGGGUAAAUCAUUCUCUCCAGCAAAACGAUAAAUGUUUGUUGAUCAUUACUCUUUAUUUUGAGGACACCAAUCUACCAAUCAAUCAAUCUAUCUAUAACCAAAAAAAUCGAUCAAUCAAUCAACCAGCCAACCAACAUCAGUCAACUAAUUUGUCAAUCGAUAAUCCAGCAUGUUGGAUUUAGGUAAUUCAAAAUGUGUCCUUGGUAUUUUUAUUUAUUUUUCUAAGGCUUUUGAUACAAAAUCACAAUAUUUUAAUUUCUACAUUAGGUCAUUAUGGAGUGGAUCGCCCUUUGCAUUGGGUUUCUGACUAUCUUAGUAACAUAAUAUGUCACUAAGAUAGUACCGGUAAUAGAUUAUUUCAGUUUGUGUCUUCUAAUAUAAUAAUAAUAAGUCCAAUAUGUUAGCUAACAAAUGUGGUGUUCCUCAGGGAUCGGUACUGAGCGUUAUUUAUUUUUAUCCAUAUUAAUGGUCUACCAAAUUCUACU